GUGACUUUAUUGUUUACAUUCUCUAUUUUGUCAGCCAGGUUUUGAGCGGGGUCGCGGCUAAACUUGUGCGCACGCGCGCUGACUGCAGGGCCUGUACACACGUGACUUGUACAUAAACAAAGUGAGUCACGUGGUAAGGCUAGGGGAGAAGUGCAGCAGCUCCUGGGUUGAGUUGUUGUGUUGCUGUGACGUGUUGCGUAGAGUAGCGUAGACCAACUAGUGUUUUGUGUAGUUUUGUUGAGUCAGCCAUAAGGUAAAGAUUCAACGUCUUUAGCUGAGAAUAAAUCAAAGACGACGUGAACCGUGUUUUCACAUCACGGUAGUACGGCACUGCAGAUAUGGGUUCUUCUGAGUACAUGUUUGGAGGGGAUUUGGAAGGCCCACCACAUCUUCAGGAUCUCUCUUUCCUCUACUCUUCCAUUUUCAACCAACAGAAAGUUUUGGAUGAGGAUCUGGACCUGAGCUUUCUACCUGAUAAGCUAAAUGUUCAGGAUGAAGGGGGAGAGAACACAGGAGUGGGUCUUACAGAGGACAGUGGUGUUUAUCUGGACUGUUCAACUGCAAGACUUCCUGAAGCAGACACUGAGUUUAAUACGAGGCAGCCUGCAGCCUCCCCCUUCUGCAACCUCCCCAUGAUCCCCAUGACACCCAUGACCCCAGUGGCUCCUGUGGCAGAAAGUUCAGGAAUCAUCCCACAAUUACAGAAUAUAGUGUCCACAGUAAACCUGGCAUGUCCUCUAGACCUGAAAGCCAUUGCUCGUCAAGGUCGAAAUGCUGAGUACAAUCCAAAGCGCUUUGCUGCUGUAAUUAUGCGGAUCCGUGAACCCAGGACCACUGCCCUUAUCUUCAGCUCAGGAAAACUGGUCUGCACUGGUGCAAAGAGUGAGGAGCAGUCUCGCCUUGCUGCAAGGAAGUAUGCCCGGGCGGUACAGAAGCUUGGCUUCCCAGCAAAAUUUCUUGACUUCAAGAUCCAGAACAUGGUCGGCAGUUGUGAUGUGUGUUUCCCCAUACAGUUGGAAGACCUGGUUCUGACUCACCAACAGUUCAGCAGCUAUGAACCUGAAUUGUUUCCUGGUUUGAUCUACCGAAUGGCGAAGCCACGGAUUGUCCUCAAGAUAUUUGAGUCUGGAAAGGUUGUUCUUACAGGUGCAAAAGAUCGCUCUGAAAUAUAUGAAGCUUUUGAGAAUAUCUACCCAAUUCUGAAAGCAUUUAGGAAACAGUGAAAACCGAGCACUUCUACUUUUUACUGAGUUCUGAUAUGUCAAUAUAUAAGCUUGUUCUCUAGGCCCACCAACGCCCAGUUCUAUGAAAGAAUGCUCCUCUAGCAUUUUCUCUCAAGUUAGCAAUAUGAAAACAGUUUUUCUUUUUCAUGCAUCAUUAAAAAAAAUCCCAAAACAAAA